AUGGACUACGCGUGCGGGUCGGGCGCGGACUGCAGCAUGGCGGCGCCAGGCGGGCCGUGCUACCUGCCGGACACGCUGGUGGCGCACGCCUCCUACGCGUUCAACAGUUACUGGCAGCGUACCAGGGUCGCCGGCGGGACAUGCGACUUCGGCGGCGCCGCCAUGCUCGUCACCAGAGACCCUAGUUAUGAUGGUUGUCAGUACAUUUACAUGUGA